UUUAUCAACAAUGAAUGGCAUGAAUCCAAAAGUGGAAAGAAAUUCCCAACCUAUAGCCCUUCGAGGGCUGAGAAGAUCUGUGACGUGGAAGAAGGGGACAAGGCUGACGUAGAUAAAGCUGUGGAAGCGGCAAAAGCUGCCUUCCAAAGAGGAUCGCCAUGGAGGCAAAUGGAUGCUACCAGCCGAGGGAGACUCAUACACAAGCUGGCCGAUCUCAUGGAGCGUGACAGGGUUGUGUUGGCGACCUUGGAAACCAUGGACACCGGGAAACCGUUUCUCCAGGCGUUUUUCAUCGACUUGGAAGGAUGCAUAAAGACGCUUCGGUAUUUUGCUGGGUGGGCCGACAAAAUCCAGGGGAAAACCAUCCCUGUGGAUGAGAAUUUUGUCUGUUUCACCAGACAUGAGCCCGUGGGAGUUUGUGGGGCGAUAACACCGUGGAAUUUCCCAUUGCUCAUGCUGAUCUGGAAGAUGGCGCCAGCUCUGUGCUGCGGGAACACGCUGGUGGUUAAACCUGCUGAGCAGACGCCCCUCACAUCCCUGUACAUUGGGUCUUUAGUCAAGGAGGCAGGUUUCCCUCCGGGCGUCGUUAACAUUGUGCCGGGGUACGGCCCGACUGCGGGGGCUGCCAUUUCUUCACAUCCUCAUGUUGACAAAAUAGCUUUUACUGGCUCGACAGAGGUUGGCAAAUUGAUCCAAGAAGCUGCUUCCAAAAGCAACCUCAAGAGGGUGACGCUGGAGCUUGGCGGGAAGAAUCCUUGUAUUGUCUGUGCAGAUGCUGACUUGGACUUAGCCGUCGACUGCGCCCAUCAAGGGGUCUUCUUCAACCAAGGCCAGUGUUGCACAGCUGCGUCCCGGGUCUUCGUGGAAGAGCCGGUCUACCCAGAAUUCGUCAAGCGCAGUGUGGAAUAUGCCAAGAAACGGCUCGUGGGGGACCCGUUUGAUGCCAAAACCGACCAGGGGCCGCAGAUUGACCAAAAACAGUUCAACAAAAUCUUGGAGUUCAUCGAAAGCGGGAAGAAGGAAGGGGCCAAGCUGGAAUGUGGGGGCUUGGCCAUUGGAGAUCGAGGCCUGUUUAUCAAGCCUACCGUUUUUUCGGAGGUCACGGACAACAUGCGCAUUGCCAAAGAGGAGAUAUUUGGACCGGUGCAGCCCAUAAUGAAGUUUAAAAACCUCGAAGAAGUCAUUCAGAGAGCCAAUAACACGGAAUAUGGACUCACUGCUGCUGUGUUUACCAAGAACUUGGACAGGGCCCUGACGUUAGCAUCAGCGCUGCAAUCCGGGACAGUCUGGGUCAACUGUUACACGGCUCUUUACGCGCAAGCUCCCUUCGGUGGCUUCAAAAUGUCGGGCAACGGCAGAGAACUUGGCGAAUAUGCUCUGGCGGAAUACACCGAAGUGAAAACAGUGACCAUAAAACUAUCUCAGAAGACUCUUUGAGUGAGACAACGCCAG